CGCUGGGAAGGCUUUCCCAUCCUAGUUGUCGGCGCCUCCUCCACAUCGAGUGCGCUAGGGUUUUCUCUGCCCCUCGCCCGCCGCCGCAGCCGCCGAUGGCCGAGCGCUGGCGCUCGAGGGCGCGGCGGGACCCAGACCUGGACGAAGAUGCUUCCCCGCCGUCCCGGCAGCCGCGCCACAGCGGGGGCGACGAGGAGGACGAUGAGCUGGGGAACGAGGAUCUCAGCCUGGAGAUCGUCGCGCGCGCGCAGCGGAAGCGGCGCGGGGAAUCAGCCGGCGGAGUGCCCGUGUUCGCCGACCUUCUUUCGGUGUCCUCCGCCGACGAGGAGGGCGCCGUGGUGGAGCUCGAUGAGGCGGAUGAGCCCCGGAGGAAGCAGAAGAAGAAGCAGCGCCGGAAGCAAAGGAAGAAGCAUCGGAAGGAGACUACAGAGGCUGCGGCGGGGGCCGCCGUAGAGGUGGAUGAGAAUGCGGUUUGUAGCACCGAGGAGGGGCCCAUUGGGACAGCAGAAUCGGUGUUAACUGAAAAUGGGGCUGAUGCCCCUGCAUCUGAUAAUAUGGUUCUGCGGAAGCUCCUUCGCAUACCGAGAUACUUUGAUCCUGGGGAAACACUGUUGGAGACUUGUUUUAAUUGUAGCGAGGAAGGGCAUGUAGCUGCAAACUGUCCAUUGGAAAAGCGAAAGAAGCCUUGCUUUGUUUGUGGGUUGUUUGGGCACAAUGCAAAGCAGUGCACGCAGGGUCAAGACUGUUUUAUCUGUAAAAAAGGAGGCCAUAUGGCAAAGGACUGCCCUGAUAAGCACAGGAGGAAUGAUCAUCAAUCCACAUUAUGUUUAAAAUGUGGAGAAAUAGGUCAUGAUAUGUUUGGAUGUACCAAUGAUUACCCACCAGAUGAUAUCGAGAAAAUAAGAUGCUACGUGUGUAACCAGAAGGGCCAUCUAUGUUGUUCCGACUUCUCUGACGAUUGUCCGAAACAAAUUAGCUGUUAUAAUUGUGCCCAAUCUGGUCAUUCUGGUCUGGGAUGUGCCAAACGCAGGGAAACCAGUGCUGUCACAACUCCAACCUUAUGCUUCAAAUGUGGCGAGGAAGGUCACUUUGCACGUGGCUGCACAAAGAACGCUAAGUCCGAUCGGUCGAAAGGCAAGUCAUCGUCGCAUAUUCAGAGGAAGGAGAAAUGGAAAAAGGCUUCCAGUAGUGCUAGAUCAGCUCCUUAUGACGCCCGAAAAACAAGCAAAAGGAAAAGCCCCCAUCUCGAGGAAAGAGUGGGCACACCUCGUCAUAAACCCAAAUCGAGGGGUGGCUGGACUGGUGGAGAUGAUCUACCAUUGAAGAAGUACAAAUCCAAUGGGUGGGGCUCUCCAUCUACUCCCAAGAAGUCUUACGCAAACCACCAGUUCUUGUCUGGUUGCGACUACCUCACUCCCCAGCCUUCACGAAGGCACAACUACCAUGGUACCAUGUCUUCACCGAAUCACCAAUUCUUGUCUGGCUGUGACUACUUCACUCCCGAGUCUUCACGAGGGCACAGCCAUGGUACCAUGUCACCGAACUGGAAUUAUUCACCCAGCGCCAGGAAGCAUGGGUUCUCGUCAUCAAGAUUCGCCGCGGCUGCCGCCAGCAACACCCAUGUCCGGUUCGGGAGAAAUUAGCUGGAUGCACGCGCCUGAUAUUGUUGUUCGUUUUAGCCAUAGAUAGAUACCAAUUAUCUCCUGGGGAUGAACUCUACCUGUCGUCGGUUCAUGCCCUUUCGAUAGUUGUUUGUUCUGAGAUUAUUAUAUAUGUAAUCGUGGUUCAAACUAUUUAUUAUUUUUUUUUACUGUCUUCCAUGGCAUGGCGUUGAUGCCUUUUGCAAAAACGGCAACUGAAAGUCUGUAACUGUGCUUUGAGCCUUUCCCUGAUGUUUGAGUGGGCAGUGCAUCAC